ACCAGCUCUCUAUUAUAGAUAGGGUCUACCCAAACCCGAUACUGUUGGAUCAAAUUUAUAACUCGCCUUUCUCCGCUCCCUCUCCCCGGUUCUGUGCGGGAUAUAUUGAUAAUAUGGCGGAACCUAUCAGUCUGGCUUCUGGGUUACUGGCAUUAGCCACUUUUGCAUUCCAGUCGAGCAUUAAGUUAUAUGAAACAGUCAAGAGCUUUCAUUCCCACCCGAAGCGCGUACGCGAUCUUCUAGAGGAGCUGGAGGCAUUGAGCGGGGUUCUUGGCCCACUCACCGAGACAAUCAGCAGUAUUACUGAUGUCGACCUCACGGCACUUGACCUUCCCCUGUUACGAUGUGGUCACGCCUGUGGAGAGUUCGAGCAAGAGAUUCAAAAGUGUUCAAUGCGUUCCGAGGGUAGUCGCACGAGCUUUCGCGAUUGGGCCAAAUUAAGGUACAUGGGCGAUGACAUUGAUGGCUUUAGGCGCCUGUUGGCUGGAUACAAGUUGACUAUUAAUAUUGCUCUUACGGAUGUCAACCUUCGCAAGUCAUCCAUUACAGCCGAGAGUCUCAGAGAUUACGAAGAUCUUAUCGUAACAGCUAAGGCCGAUCUUGAGGCUCACCUCGAAACCAUCGAUGGAAAGCUUGAGCUUAUAUUUCAAAAAACGGUGGCAGGAUCCGAUUCAGAUGCAUCCGAACUACGACUGAUCGAAGAGGAACGACUUAGCACGGAAAAAUGCCUGCAAAUCUGUACUCAGUUGUCCAACCAUAUUAGCCAAAUCCAGUCCACACAUGAAUCCGAUGACAGUGCCCCCGGACCAUUCGAUUUCGAUACCCUGCCGGAAAGAGUCACGAAGGAGAGCCUGCAGGAUUGUAAGAAAAGGUUAACUCUCACAGCUGCGAAGCUCGAGAGGCAUAUGAAAGACCUGAUGGACAAGUUAUUGAUAAAGUCGCGAUUGAAUAUGACAUCCGAAGAGGAGUUUGCCGAUCUUACUAGGUUACGAGAAGAGUGGGAGACAGCCCGUCAGUGCAUGGAUAUCUGCUCCAGGGCAGAUGAUCACCUAAAGGAGAACAUCAGCAACAUUGACAACUAUGCCACCGGUGACGCUGUACAAUUCAUGGUUUCGACAAACGGCACAAUCAUCCACGGUAAAAAUCGAGGAGUGGGUUGGAGAUCGAGGCAGGUUGGAGGCCAUCUUAGCGAUGUUUCUCUCCAACAGCUAUCACGAGACUUUACAAGUAUCAACCUGGGGAGUACCUUGCGCCCAUCUUCACAAGACAACUCGCCGAAUUCUCCUAACAACGAGACACCAAGCGAAACUACAUCCGAAUUCAAGGAACGAUAUGGACGAGGCUUCCGACUCUCACCUAAAACUUCUCAGCACAUACCUAUCAAUGUGACCGCGGGCGUGGAGGAGCGAAGCAAUUCACCGAAGGAAUAAGAUAACUAGGGCUAUCCAUUGAUUGGAAUUCCCUUUCUUAUUCUCAAGCCUAUCUCUUUUGUUUGCUCCUAGUAUCUAUCAUAAGUCGCGUCUAUGUAUUGAAUGGCACAGUGAUACAGC